AUGGCCGAACAGCGAAUGAUGCUCCUCUGCAUUGGAUUACUUUCCCACCUGCUGGUGGCCUCCGCUGCCGGUGUGCCCUGCUCCGAUGACGAUGUUCCGGUAUGCGCCCAAAGCCGGCAAAGUGGAAUGCACUUCCUGUUUGGCAACGAGUGUGAUCUGAGGAAGGCUCAAAGAGGUAGCCUCAUGGAUGGCCCUCUGUAUGACGUUCCCCUCCGCUUUUGUCUUCCCAACUGCGAUUUCGAGUGCAAUGCAAGAUACCAGCCCGUGUGCGGAAUCAGCUCCCGGAGAGGUGAACGCAGGACUUUCAGUAGCCGCUGUGAAAUGUUGCGAGCCUCGUGUCUCUCCGGAUCCGACUGGUUGCUCCAGCACUGGGGAGCGUGUCCCAGGCUCAACACAGUGCCUCUGGUUAGCCAGAAGUCUCAGCCCAAGCCCCGUUCUCAGCCUGAGGCACAGCCUCUGCCUAAGCCCGUUCCUUGCACCAAGGUCUAUCGUCCAGUGUGUGCCAUGUAUGCGGGUGUGAAGUCCACCUUUUCCAACGAGUGCCUGGUGAAUGCGGAGAACAUUAAGACCCAGAGAAAUUGGCGCAUCGUUUCCGAGGGACUUUGUGGCGAGGACAGCACCAAGAUGAAGCACAGCCGCAAGUUCAAGCCAAAAGCCAAACCUAAGCUGGAUGCAGACCGCACGAAGAGGAGUCACGGAAAGUCCACUCAAGCGGAAGACUUCCAGAUACCCGAGGAUGCCGUGGAAAUCUACGCACCCUCCACCUUCCACACGGAGUUCAUCAGCAACACGGGCGCCAUGGUGAAGAGCUAUUCCCUGCCCGCCCGCAAGCCAUAUGUGGUAGCUCCUCCAAAGAAAAAGUCAAAGAUGCAACGGGGGCACGACACAGGUAAGACCUGUGUCUUUGGAAACGAGCCCGUCUGCGGGACCUUUAAGGCCGAAAGCCGCACCUUUGCCAGUGUCUGCGAGCUGAUGGAGUACAGUCAGAAGGUCGGAAAUGCUUGGACCAUUUCUCACGAAGGAGCUUGUCGGCGAUGCGACAAGCCGUGUCCCACGGUGUAUCAACCCAUUUGUGCAAGUCGAAACGGCGUCCACCACACGAUCAUCAAUGAGUGCUACCUGGAGCGGGCACGAUGCAAGGACCCCAUCAGCGCCUGGAAGUUCUCCUACAAGGGUGAGUGCCAAAAGUCAGCCGGUGCGGCAUCCAAGUCAGCAUCCGUUUACAAGAGUCGCACCUCGCCGCUGGUGCCACGCAUUCUAUACGGGAUUCAAAGGACAACAACUACCACAGCACCACAGUUGCACAUUAGGAAAGCUGGGAUAAAGCCCACAACAAAGGCUCCAAAGGCUCAUCAGCUCCCGAUGAAAGCCUUCGAGACCACACAUACGCCAUCAUUGGAAGCUAAUAACCGAAAGAUACGUAAGAUAGACAUGGCAGCAGCGGGAUUUAAUGAUGUCAAGGGGUCAAGCGGAGCCAGCGGAAUGGAAUAUGUGCCGGCUAGCGGAGAAGCCUCUUGGUCCACCAACGAUAACUGGCUCGUGCAAAAAACCCUUGAUAAUGUCAAGGGCAUUUUCAGCAAGAAGCCAACGUCCUUCAAGAAGGCUUCGCAGUACCAAUGGAUCAACAGCCCAAAGAUCACCGGGGAUUCCACCAGCACCACAGCUUCUCCUGUACCUCUCAAAGUACCAGCUAAUCAGAUCUUGAGCCUUGCCUCUACGGAGCUGCUGAACUUGGACAUUGGAAAUUCUGCCAAUGCCUAUGAUGAUGCUGCGCCCGAACUGCUUUUUAUGCUAAGCACAAAAGAGGUUGCCAACAUGAGCUCCACCACACCUGUGCCCAGCACCACAACACCACCCAGCAGCACCCAGCCCUCGACUGCUGAGCUGCCCACAAGCUGGGAAGCCUCUUCCCCCUUGGAGGAAUCAGCCAGCAAAGGCUCCACCACGGACCCUGACGAGACUACAGAUUAUCCGACCAGCGAAUCCACCGACUCAUCCACCAGUAGCACCGCCCUGUACUCCACAACUGAGGCCGAGGAGCUGCAUAGCCAAACCACCGGCAGCGAGUCGCCGACAACGUUGGCCUCCGAUGAACUGCCAACAACCACUCAGAACGCUGACUACACGGCGGAUGAGUCUUUCUCGGAGUCCAGUGGCCAGACCUCCAUCUACGGACUGGACAAGAACUCGCUGAUAAUGCGUUUGCUCCGAGCCAGAAGUAACAAAAACGUUCUUAUUUAG